CGAUGAAAUAAAGUGCAAGAAUUAUUAACCAUGUCUCGCGCUAGUUUCGUAUUGCUUAUAAUGAUUGGAGUGCUUUGCAGCACGACUAUUGCACAAAGGCAGUGCCAGAGAAAUAAAGAGUGGAACACUUGUGGCUCGGCAUGUCCACUAUCUUGUAACCCGCUGCCUAAUCAAGCCUGCACAUUACAAUGCGUGAUAGGAUGCCAAUGUAAAAGCGGAUAUUUGUUAAAUUCUUUAGGAGAAUGUGUGCUCCCUUCAGAAUGUUAGAAAUUAA